AUGCAAACAGCCUCUUCAUCAAAAUCUCCUUCGCAUCGUUGGAAAUAUGAUGUCUUUCUAAGCUUUAGAGGUGAAGACACAAGGAAGAACUUUAUAGAUCAUUUGUGUACUGCUUUCAAUCAGAAAGGAUUGCGUGUUUUUAGGGAUGACAAAGAACUUGAGAAAGGAAAACCCAUUUCACCAGAGCUCAAUCAUGCAAUUAAAGAAUCAAGAUUUGUGAUUGUUGUUUUCUCAAGACAAUAUGCUUCUUCCACAUGGUGUUUAGAUGAACUUGUUCAAAUUGUUCGUUGCAAGAAUAUAAAAUUUUUUCCAGUUUUUUAUAACGGGGAUCCUUCCGUGGCUACAAAACAAAAAGGAGAGUUUGAAAAAGCCUUUGUCAGACAUGAAGAAACUUUUAGAGAAGAUACUAGAAAGGUGCAAACUUGGAGAAAUGCUUUGACAAAGGUGGCCAAUCACUCUGGAUUCGACUUAAAUGAUGGGUAUGUGACAAUUAUCUCUUCUUUUUUUUAUAGUGGAAAGCUUAGUUAUCAAAUGAAUUAUGAAAAUGAUAUUCAUGACUUGAUUGUUUAA